AAAAAGAGUAGAAGCUGUGAAAACGAGAAGAAAUCGUAAACCCCAGCAGCCAUCUCUGCUUAUCUAUAUUCUCACUCAAAACCUUCGUCUCAAUCCAAUUCUCACUCAUUUUAAAUUAUUAUUUUUCCUAACAUCUGUUUGGCAACCGAGAAAAUCACAAUCAAAGCUCUCGCGUCCGGCAAUAUUCAAUGGCUCCGAAGCCCAAAGACAAACCAAAACCCUCUCAUUCGCCGUCACAGCCUCCUCCUCCAAUCGAAGAUCUCUUCGCUUCCCUUAGCAAACACAUCCAAAGAUCCGAGUUCGAACAAGCCGCCAAAGUCACAGAUCAAGUUCUAAGAGUGGCACCAGGUGAUGAGGAUGCGAUUCGAUGCAAGGUUGUGGCUUUGAUCAAGGCGGAUAGGAUCGACGAUGCUCUCUCGACGAUUCAAUCCACAAAGAAGGUCCCGAUCGAUUUCACUUUCUUUAAGGCAUACUGCUUAUACAGACAAAACAAGCUAGAUGAAGCAUUAGAGUCCUUGAAAACCCAAGAGACAAAUUCUGCAACCAUGCUGUUAGAGUCACAGAUUCUUUAUCGUCUUGGAAAAAUGGAUGCUUGCGUCGAUAUCUAUCAGAAGCUUCAAAAAUCAAAGAUUGACUCCUUAGAAAUAAACUCUGUUGCUGGUUUGGUUUCCUCUGGGAGAGCUUCCGAAGUACAAGGAAUGUUGGAUGCACUUAGGGUCAAAGCAACUAGCAGUUUUGAGUUGGCAUACAACACCGCGUGUUCUUUGAUUGAAAGGAACAAGUACACAGAUGCAGAACAACUCUUGCUGUCAGCCCGAAGAAUUGGUCAGGAAACACUAAUGGAAGACAACUUGCCUGAUGAUGACAUAGAGAUUGAAUUGGCUCCUAUAGCUGUCCAGUUGGCCUAUGUUCAGCAGCUCCUUGGGCACACACAAGAGGCCAGUGAAGCUUACACAGACAUUAUUAAUCGAGAUCUGGCAGAUGAGCCAUCACUGGCAGUGGCAGUGAACAACCUCAUUGCAUUGAAAGGUCCAAAAGAUGUUUCUGAUGGCCUAAGGAAACUUGAUAGGCUGAAAGAGAAAGAUUCACAGAACUUCCAGCUUGCUUAUGGACUUAACUUGAAGCUUUCACCAAAACAAAGGGAAGCAGUAUAUGCAAAUCGAGUUCUUUUACUUCUCCACGCAAAUAGGCUGGAUCAGGCUCGAGAACUUGUUGCUGCAGUGUCUGACAUGUUUGCUGAUAGUGUGAUGCCUGUACUGCUUCAAGCUGCUGUCUUUGUGAGAGAGAACAAAGCUGUGAGAGCUGAAGAAGUUCUAGGACAGUUUGCUGAAAAGUUCCCUGAUAAGUCCAAGGUUGUUCUCCUAGCUAGGGCACAGGUUGCUGCUGCUGCUGGUCAUCCCCAAAUUGCAGCUGAGUCCCUGGCUAAGAUACCUGAUAUCCAGCACAUGCCCGCCACUGUUGCAACCCUUGUGUCUCUUAAGGAGCGUGCUGGAGAUAUUGACGGUGCAGCUGCUGUGCUUGACUCUGCAAUCAAAUGGUGGUCCAAUGCUAUGACUGAGGACAAUAAGCUCAAUAUCAUAAUGCAAGAGGCUGCUUCCUUUAAGCUGAGGCAUGGCCAUGAAGAGGAUGCUGCCCAUUUAUACGAGGAGCUUGUGAAAAGCCAUGGAAACAUGGAAGCAUUGGUUGGACUGGUAACUACAGUUGCUCGUGUGGAUGUUAACAAGGCAGAAACCUAUGAGAAGCAGCUGAAGCCGUUACCAGGUCUGAGGGGGGUGGAUGUGGAUAGCUUAGAGAAGACUUCUGGGGCGAAACAUGUUGAUGGUAGUGCUUCUCAUGUUGGGGCUACUGAGGCUUAUGAAGAAGGGAAGAGUAAAGCUAAAUCAAAGAAGAAGAGAAAGAGAAAGCCAAGGUACCCUAAAGGGUUUGACCCUGCUAACCCAGGUCCUCCACCAGAUCCAGAAAGGUGGCUCCCCAAGAGAGAGAGGUCAAGUUACAGGCCCAAGAGGAAGGAUAAGAGAGCAGCUCAGGUGAGAGGAUCUCAGGGUGCAGUUGCAAGAGAAAAGCAAGAAGCUGGGACUUCUGGUGCGAGUUCUAACUCUUCAAAUUCAAAAUCAAACCAAGUGAGUACCUCCAAAGGAACCUCACAGAAUGCAGCUGCAGAGCAAUCCAAGCCUUCAUCCAAGUCAUCCAGAAAGAAGUCUAGGAACUAACUAGAAAGGAUCCAUAAUUUUUGGUUGAAAAUUUUGAAUUGCUGCAUGUUUUUGGAAAAUUUUUUGGCCAUUGUGCCAUUCGGAUUUAAUUUAGGACAUUCAAAACAUACUGGCCUUGUCGUGAUGCUUUUAUAUUUUGCCGUUGCUUCUUGUUA